UCGGCUCGCCAAGCAGUACCAGCAGGCGCUUUCGGUUAGUCAUCGUUGCGCUACGAGAGCGAUCAGCGCGCCGCGUCUUCGAGCGUCCGAAGUUCCUCGUGCGCGCUUGCAGAAAACCUAACAACCCUUAUUUGGGGAAUUACAGGCGUUUGGAGUGUCGGGUUUUGCAUGAUCUUUAUUGCUUCGGGUGAUAUAAAGAGAAAAGUGAAUGCGGAUAGAGGUGGAUUGGAAUUGUGUUGGAGUUUCUUUACUUGAGACAGAACCGUCAUCUUAGUUUCGUUAGACGAGAAAUGAAAACUUGAUGGUUGUACUCGAAGAAUCGCUCACCAUGAAGAUCAAACGAUACCCUGGAAAAGCGGUGAUCGAUGAUCCAGCCUGGCUGGAGAUGGAUAUUCCACCCCAUGCCAGGGGACAACAGUACGAAGCCAACUGGAUCGAUACUCAAAAGAAUUUAUCUAACAGUAGUUCAGCCUCUAACUCUUGGGACAAAUACAGUACGAAAUUAGAAGGUUCAGUGUCAUCCAGGCUAGGUCAAUACCAGAGUUUACUAGAAGAAAUUAGAAAAGACAAUAACGAAGAUAUUUACGCUAUCCCUAAAAAGAUCAAAACAAAUGGAAGCAUUCGUUUGAAGUACCACAGUGACAAUAUUCUUUCUAGGAUCAAUUCAAAAUCGAAAGCAGACAUGGAAAGACCUCCAAGAGAAUACUUUUUACCAUCACAAAGUGUUCACAGAGAUCAGAUAAAGGAACCCCCAGUUCCCAAACCCAGAGUUAAGUUACCAAUUCAAAACGGACAACAGGAGAAAUUUAAGACUGUUCUAGAAGACCUGCAAAGACAAAUGAAAAAAUCUGUACGAUUUGAUGAGGUUAGUACUGAUAUAGAUCAGGAAAUUGAAAAACGAGAGCAAUCUGAAGACAACAGUCUUGUAAGGGUUAUUGUAAAUCCAACUCACGAGCUUUUAGAAAGAAUUGAAUUAAAUAUCAGUAACGACAAUGAAGAAAAUGGUCGUGUCAGUGAAUGGGUUGAUACCCAAAACCAAUACUUAUCAGACCAAACCAGUGAUACAGGAGGAAAAGAUCUUCACAGAAACGACAGUGGCUAUUACGAACGAUCAAAAAAGAUUCGCCAAAGACUCCCUCCUAAGCACAUAUAUCCACCUUCGGCUUCUUCUAGCGAAUCUAGUAUCACACCAAGCGAAAACAACUCAGCUGAACUAGACGUCGAAAAUUUUCAAAAUAACGAAGACGAAGAAGAUGAUUACAAUGACUACGAUGAAGUAUAUAGUUUAUAUAAGGAAGGAGUGGUUCCAGCAUACGUCAGUUCACCUUUAAGGGUACCUAAACCGGUGGACAAGACGACGCAAGCUACUCCAACGUCUCCUAUGAGGAGGAGUGGUGAUUCUAACGAUUUUUUGAUUCCUAGACCUAAAUUAAUAGUGCCUGUGCAUACGUACGCGGUCAGAAGGAGACGGACUGGUAAUUUGAAUAAACAUGAUAGUGUGUCCUCUUGUAAUUACGUGUCUGCUUCGGAGAGGGAUAGUGAAACUAUGAAGCUUGUUCCGCAGAAAGAGGGAUGUGUCGAGGUGUCCAGAGAAGACAAAUUCCUGAGCACGUUGACCCCGGGCAAGGUGCUGGGCGAAUUGGCCAUACUGUACAACUGUCAACGAACCGCCACGAUCAAAGCCGCCACCGACUGCAAGCUUUGGGCCAUCGAGAGACAAUGCUUCCAAACGAUCAUGAUGAGGACUGGCCUCAUCAGGCAGGCGGAAUAUACGGAUUUCCUCAAGAGUGUGCCAAUAUUCAAAGAUCUCCCAGAAGAGACUCUGAUAAAAAUAUCAGACGUUCUGGAGGAAUGCUACUACGCCCAUGGCGACUACAUCAUCCGGCAAGGGGCCAGGGGUGACACUUUCUUCAUUAUCAGCAAAGGCCAAGUUAAAGUGACCAUCAGGAAGAAGGACUCGCCCGACGAAAAGUUCAUCAGGACGUUGUAUAAAGGUGACUUCUUUGGAGAGAAAGCAUUACACGGGGAUGAUCUAAGAACUGCCAAUAUAAUUGUGGAUGAUCCAGAGGGCGUCACCUGCUUGGUUAUUGACAGAGAUACGUAUAUUCAGCUGAUAUCGAAUCUUGAUGAAGUCAGGACCAAAUACGUUGAUGAUAUUGAUGAUAGACGAAGACUUAAUGAAGAAUAUGCCAAUGUACGAUUGGAAGACUUGAAGGUACUCACGACUCUCGGUGUCGGAGGCUUUGGAAGAGUCGAACUAGUCCAAAUCUUUGGACAAAACUCCAAAUCUUACGCCCUGAAGCAGAUGAAGAAGUCGCAAAUUGUCGAAACUCGCCAACAACAACACAUCAUGUCGGAAAAAGAGAUCAUGGGCGAGGCUAACUGUGAUUUUAUCGUUAAACUAUUUAAAACUUUCAAGGAUGCCAAGUACCUUUAUAUGCUCAUGGAAAGUUGUCUUGGAGGCGAACUUUGGACAGUACUAAGGGAUAAAGGGCACUUUGACGAUACCACCACCCGUUUUUACACAGCGUGCGUGGUAGAAGCUUUCCACUACUUACACUCAAGAAACAUUAUAUACAGAGAUUUGAAGCCUGAAAAUUUAUUAUUAGACGCUCAAGGGUAUGUAAAAUUGGUGGAUUUUGGAUUUGCCAAGAAAUUACAGGCCGGUAGAAAAACGUGGACUUUCUGCGGCACCCCCGAAUACGUAGCUCCAGAAGUCAUUCUGAACAAAGGCCAUGAUAUCAGCGCUGACUACUGGUCACUCGGGGUACUUAUGUUUGAGUUACUUACUGGUACUCCACCCUUUAAUGGCAGUGACCCCAUGAAAACGUAUAAUGUCAUUCUGAAGGGUAUUGAUGCAAUAGACUUUCCGAAGAACAUUACCAAGAACGCCACAGUACUUAUAAAAAAGCUGUGUCGAGACAACCCAGCAGAGAGGUUAGGCUACCAAAAGGGCGGAAUCAGUGAUAUACAAAAACAUAAGUGGUUUGAUGGAUUUAAUUGGGAAGGACUAAUAAACCGGACCUUGACUCCACCAAUCCUGCCGAAGAUACGAAGCGUUAUCGACACGUCCAACUUCGAUCCGUAUCCUCCAGACGAAGGCGGUCCACCUCCAGACGACCAAACAGGAUGGGACGCCAAUUUCUGAUGUUAAAAUUUAGUUUUUUUGAAAGUGCCUUAUCAGUUAUAUGACAAAUUGCCUUAAUAGGUAUACACACGAAUUAAUUAUAUAGAAUUUAUGCCAUUAUAAGAAAGCUUGGGCAUACUGCUAAUACUUAGCUAGAAUCUUACAACAGAAAUUGUUCGAAACAGAGAGACAUUUAAGAGGUUGUAUUUUGAUUCUAGCAGUGGAUGUGCAAUGUUUAUUCUUAAGUAUAUAAAAAUAUAUGGAAAGAAUCAAAAAAAUAUGUGUUAUUGCAUACUUAAACGUGAAACGUAUAAGAUGCUUUCUUCUGUCGUGACAAUAAAUUUAUUUGCAAUAACUACUCAUGUACUCAUUAUAUCACUGUUAACAAAGCAUGACAUAUUUUGUAAGCUAAGAACUGAUAAUUAAGUUAACUUGUAUUUGUUUUUGUGUAUAAGAUAUAUGUUGUAAUAUAUAUAAAAAGAUAUUAAGUAAGAAGUGCCAUUAGAUUUUAUAAAUUGUUUUUGUAUCAUAAAAUAUUAUUAAAAAAAUAUUAUCGUUUUAAGCGGCUGUCUAGGUUAUUUUUAUGUCAAAUAUUUGUCACAAUUAUUGUAAAUAGUGCGAGAGUUACCCCAUUUUUUACAUUACUUAUAUUGUAUAAUUUUAAAAUCGUUUUAUUUAGCUCUUUUAUUCUUAAAAUGCUAAAAUUUUUUAAAAAUAAUUAUUAAAUGAGACACACGAAUUGCCUUAAAAGAAAAUUGAAAUUUAAAGUGUUUUUAAAACUCUUUAUAAGCUAGAAUAAGAAAUAUGAUUAAUAAAGUGUUAUAUGGA